AUGGGAUCUUCAAGCUCAAAAGCCGCCGGCGCUGCCGGAAAAGCAGCGUCUAAACUCUCGUCGAAACCCACACCCGCAGCCCGCAAAUACCCUACCCGUUCCCCUCGAACCACAAGCUCGUCCGCAACGAAUUCACCAGCAGAUGCGGCGGCUCCAAUUGCACCUGGGGGAAUAGGAUCAACUGUACACCCAAAUUCCAAAGCUCCACCACCGGAUGACGCGGCAAUCAAUACCGAAGCCCCCGACCCAGAUCUUAACCCGGCCUAUCAAGCCCGUCUCCAACAACUCGGCGCCGUACAACCAAAUCCCACACUCUCCAACUCCUCGACGUUUAAUUCCCCAGCCUCCUCCACCAACCCACAACAAGAGCCAUCAUCGUUCCAACCCUCCGCCUCGACGCCUUCACAAUCUGUCUUCCCAUCAGCGUCCUCAAACCCAGCAGUUAGCUUGUUAACCGCGAGAUACAGGUUAGCGGAGGAGGCGGAAAGGGAGUUUGAAGAGAUUGGAAAACGUGGCGCGAAGGGAAGGCAGUUUGUGGAUGUGUUUACGUUGAAGCAGGUUUUGGUUAUGAGGGAGCGGGGGAUGAUGAAUGAGCAGAUCGAAAGGACGUUGGAGUUAAAGGAGGGGGUUGUAGGGAGGCUUGGGAGGAGGGGUGUUGUUGGUGUUGCACGGUGA